AUGUCUCGAACACGCCAGCCAAUGGGCUCAACCUCAUUCCAAACCACCACAGAGUCCUCCCAAGACUCAACAGCCCACCUUCCAACCCUCAGAUUACGUGCAGAGGCAACACCAACAGAAACAGACACCAGCGAAGCAACAUCGUCUUCUCGGCGAAUCAGAUGGAGUGAAGAUGUUGUAGAUAACGAGGGCAUGGGCAAAAAGAGCUCAAAAGUAUGCUGCAUCUACCACAAAGCCCGACCAGUGGGAGAAAGUAGCUCAGAAGAAUCGUCAUCCAGCUCAUCCGAGAGCGACAGCGAGAGCGAAGACGACCGUCGCACAGCCCGAGUCAACCGGGCUCGCCACACACACUCACACAACGGAAGGCGGGAUCCCCACAGCGAGCACGAGCAUGCAUCAGGGUGUUGUCCCGAAGAUCGCAAAUCUAAACCGAAACGCACGCGCCGGAAGCCGAGUCCGAAUGCAUAUGAGAAGAUGCCCAAGUCAUCGAGGAAUCAAAAUCAAAAUCAACAUCAUGCGCGGGGUACUUGA